GUGCGCGCGUUCUUCUUGCAGUAUGCCGAGUCCGUUCUGGACAAACAUUCGCUCCGCGCGUGCUUCGUGCUGUUCGUGAAGGAAACGAGGAACCGCCUGGACACGGAAGUGUUCCAGAACACACAACUGCAGAGUCUGGCUAACGUGGCCGAGGAAGUCAUCGCCGCUGUCUACUCUUGCUCGUUCUUCCACGCGCGACGGCCGCAGAUUCGGGAGAUUUUGAGCGGGCAGAGCUUCGCAGGCUGGAACGCGUUCGUGGCUCAGAUGCGCCAGACCUAUGUCAACGUAUCGACUUGUCCGAGGAGCAUCUCACGAACGAUAGCUGUGCGCGAUUCCGAGCCGAACUUUAAUCGAGCACAUCCGCCACAAAAUUCAAUUGAGAGCGACUGGAACGCCGAGUGGUUUCUGCAGGUGGACGAGGCAGUGUGGAAACCGAGCCAACAGACCAUGAAAGCGGACUCUAAGAGCGGCUGUGAUGGUUUUGCAGAAGAUAGCGAAGCGAUUUGUCUGCUCACCUUGUUCGAGACUAUGUCGCAGAUAGUGCGUCUGCAGGUGGCGAUCGACGCACAAGCCUGCGUGCUACGCAUUCGGUCUACUGAAGGUGUGGCCAGUGCACUAGACUGUAUGUGUUUGGUGCUGGACGGCAAAGAGCGGGUGUUCUCUCAAUUUCCCAACGGAUUGGCGUCGGGCAUCGGCUCAGGGAGACACGGAGACUAUAUCGGAGAAACGCGGGUAGAGAAACCCGGACGCCUCGUAGUAUACCUGCAGGUUUUCACCUGGUCUACAGAGAUACACCGACCCUCUUACCACGUGCGGCUACGAAUCGAAUGCUGGCAGAGUAAGCGGCUGUGUGUUAGCGGUGAUGUACUUGCCACCACUGCACCAGCGUCCUUCCCGCUGGAGGACACUUCGAAUCUGGGGGAAAUGCCGCUACGAAUGAAACGCGCGGCGGUGGCGAACUUCUUCGAGCAGCAACUUCAAGAUUAUUCAGCUGGUGAGUGGGCUACGUCUCCAUCCGCUGGACCAUGGAGGGAACUGGGUAGAUUUCGUCUGAGUUACCUGAAGGCGUAG